AUGGCUGGUAUGGGAGAAGGGAAAAGCAAGAAAGGAGACAAUGGAGUAGGGAAUGCCAUUGACUUUGUCCUCUCAAAUGCCCGGCUGGUGUUAGGUGUUGGUGGUGCUGCGAUGUUGGGCAUUGCAACAUUGGCAGUAAAGAGGAUGUAUGACCGAGCAAUCAGUGCCCCCAAUAGCCCCAGCAAAAUGGACUUGAGAUCAGCAAAGCAAAGCUGGGAGGAGCCCAGCUGGAUUGGGUCAUCACCCCGCUUAUUGAGCAGGGACAUGAAAGGCAACAUCAGCAGGUCCCUACAGACACUCCCCACCAGCUGUGAAGCAGAUGCUUCCAAGGGUGCUAGUCCCAGUAGGAAGACCCAAAUGGAUCUGAAGAAAGCCAGGCUCCGGUUGUCCAUGCAGGACAAGCUCUUUGCAUAUUACCGUAAGCACGUUGUUAUCCCGGGUGCAGAAGUGAGCCGUGCCAAACAAGCUGCAUUGGAUAUCUGUGCAGAGCUGAGGAACUUCAUCCACACCAAGCUUCCUGACAUGCCUCUCCGGGAUAUGUACCUCAGUGGCAGUCUGUAUGAUGACCUACAGGUCAUCACUGCCGAUCACGUUCAGCUGAUGGUACCCUUGGUCCUAGAAAGGAACCUCUGGGCUACAGUUCCAGGUGAGGAGACCAUUAUGAACGUCCCUGGAUUCUGGCUGGUCCGCAGGGAAAACCUGGAAUACUUUCCCCGCAAUAGCAGCUACUGGGACCGCUGCAUUGUGGGUGGUUACCUGUCACCUAAAGUAGUGACUGAAAAUUUUGAUAAAGUCUUGUCGGGGACCAUCAACUGGCCAGCUAUCGGAAGUGUCCUGGACCUCAUCAUUCGGCCAGUGGUUCCGUCAGAAACAUUGACUUUGGAAGUUCAGUACGACACGAGUAAAAAAUUAUUUAUUGACUUCCUACCACUGAUCGUGAUGGAGGACACCAUGCUGAUCGCCAAACCGCACCGCAAUGGACGAUAUGACAACAUGUGGCGGCAAAGCUUCAGAACUGCCGAAACCGCCAAGCUUCGUGCCCUAGACGAGAGGGACGGAGGCUGUCGCUGCUGCUGCCUCAAGAUACUGAAGGCCAUCUGCAAGUCCAAUGCCAUCCUCAACAAGUUGACGGCUAGUCAACUGACCAACGUGAUCCUGCAUGGUUGCGGAAAGGAAUUGGACUGGACUUCAGAGACACUGGCUGAUAAAUUCCUGCUGGUACUUAAAGAAUUAAUAAGCUACUUGGAGCAAGGCUUCUUACCAUGCAGUUUAGAUACCAAAGUGAACCUGUUUUUGGAAUUUACGGAAGAGGAGAUUGAUGAGUUGGGAUACAUGCUGUACUCUUCCUUAUCUGAGCCAGAAAUUCUGUUAAAUACUUGAAUUAGGUUUGAGGUCAGCUCACAGAGAUUUGUACUUGAUAGUUAUCAGGCUUCUCCAGACAACAGUUAGACAGCUGUUAAACUUUUAAUAACCCCAUUGACUCGAUGACUGUUCUGCAUUUCCUAAAUCUGUAAUUAUUGGAAGUUGCAUGGAAAUGAUGCUGAGGGAAAGGUUUCAAUAUUAUUUACAGAUCUGGGGUAUCAGACAGAAUUAAGCUUGGGCUGAGAGCUAAAUUGUCCUUUAGUAAGCCAAAUAUGAAAUCUAUAUUUCCCCACUAAUGCACAAAAUAUAAAGAUGUAAAAUAAAAAUGAGUUUGAAAAGUUUAGAAGGAAGUUUUCAAAAUUGCAACUGUCAAUAAAGCCAAUUUGAUUGGUCCAGUUACACUUCCUGCUGAUUUUUUUUAAACAAUGAAUUUCCAGGAUUGUCACAGUGGGGAUAUCUUAAAAGGAAUGUACACACUAAAGAUUAAAAAGUAAAAUCAAGCAGAAAUUCAAUGAAAAGUUUCCUUCCACUUCAAGAUUGUGUGAAAUGCCUUUCCACUUCAACAGGACCCUCCAAAAUGUCCAUGGGUUUUUAAGCUGCAACUUCUCGUUUUGCACAAAUUCCUCUUGGAUUUCUGACUCUGAAAUGAAAUAUAAGUAGAAAAUGCUGGAAGCAUUCAGUGGGAUGAGCAGAAUCUGUCAAAAGAGAAUUAUCAUUAAUAUCUUAUGUUCGAUUUAGAACAGUUUCUCUUUACACAGACAGUGCUUGACCUGUUGAAUGUUCCCAGCAUUUUCUGAUUUUAUUUCAGAAUUCUAGCAUCUGUAUGUAUUUUUAUAUUCCCUGUGAAAAAGGAAAAAAAUCUGUGGAGCCAGAACCCUGUUACAUUGUAGUAAAUUCCAAGGAAAAUGUGAAGUCCUAGAAGUAAGAAUCAGGUUUUAAUGACACCAGCAUAUGUCAUGAAAAUUGUUAAACUUUAUGGUAGAGAGAAAAAAAACUGAAUUAC